CAUGAGACUGGGAACAUUUGGCCUGAUUCAAGUUUCCAACUUGAAGUCGAGCGGAUCGCGGUAGAACAAACGUUUAAAUGACGAGCAGUACUAGAACCCGAGCCAUGCCUGCCGUCGAGCACAAACUAAACGUCUCCGAGGAAGAGGUUCCUGAGCACAUCCGUCGCAUUGCCAACGAACAGGGCGAGUGCCCAAAGACCAAGAAACAAACCAUCGAACAGUUUCGUAGCUAUAUUUUGGAGCGGAACGAAUGCCAGCCACAUCGUAACGAUGACCAAUAUCUGGAGAAGUUUUUACGUGCACGGUACUGGAAGAUCGAAAAUAGCUAUCGAUUGCUCUGCAGCUAUUAUAAAUUUCGUGAACACAACAAAGGCUACUACGAGAAGGUUCGUCCCCUAGAUCUGCGUCAUUUGGGCGAUUCAGACAUCCUGACAGUGACGCCAUAUCGCGAUCAGCACGGCCACCGCAUACUCAUCUAUCGAUUCGGAAUUUGGCGACCCAAUCGCGUCACGGUCGAUGAUAUUUUUAGGGCCACCAUUGUCCUGCAGGAGCUGGGUAGCCUAGAGCCAAUCUCUCAGAUUAUGGGAGGAGUGGGAAUCUUUGAUCUCAAGGAUCUAGGCCUGGAACAUAUACUCCAUCUGAGUCCCAGUGUAGCACAGAAGAUGAUUGCUCUGUUGGUGACCUCCAUGCCAAUUCGUACUUCUGCCCUGCAUAUUGUGAACCAGAAUUGGGUCUUCAAUGCGGGGUUCAAGAUGUUCAAGCCCUUCCUUAAUUCUGCCAUGAGAGAGCGGCUCUACAUCCAUGGCAGUGAUAUGAGAUCCCUGCACAAGCACAUCGCUCCCGAGCAUCUGCCCAAGCGAUAUGGUGGAUUGCAUGAGGAUUACUCUUACACGCUCUGGUUGGACAUGCUGAAAGAUCAAUGCACUGGUAGCAGUGUCCAAAAGGAUAUGGAGCAGUUGGGCUUUAUUUUCGACUAGGACGCGAUGAUGAUGGUUUCCUUAUUAAUAUUAUUACAGCUGGAGUCUGUACCUAUACAGAAAAUUGAAGCAUGGAUAUUGAAAAUAAGGAUAAUGUAGGCUUUCCCAGUUCUCAGUCCUUCCUGUAGUUUAAGAAUGAAAACUCGAAAUAAAAUCUCCUAGCUCUUUCAUA